CACCCAGGGCGCUUGAUGGGCGCAGCGUGCCGCAGGCUGCUGUGCGGAGCCGGGCGGCCGGGCGCAGGGGCUGCGGGGCUGCCCCCCCUUCCCGCCCCGCUCGUGCGAGGACCCGGCUCGGCGCGCCCCCCGCUCGGCCCCCGCGCGGGGCUCCGGCUGCUCCAGCCCGGCGCAGCCCCCUUCUCCCUCGGCCGGCGCUGGGGUUGGGCCCGGGCCCCGGCCUUCAUCCCCUCGCCUCACUUCCUGUGCGACGGCCCCGGGGCGGGGCUCGUUCCUUUCACCGCGGCCGCCGACCAGCGCAGCGGCUCCCUGCCCGAGCUCCGCGGGGAACAGCCGGAGGAAAUGCCCGCAGCCGCCCUCCUUGCAGCCGACAGCGAGCCCGAGACCCCCCGGGAAGGCGAGGCUGCCCGGGCGGGCCGGAGGAGGAAGCACAAGGAUAAAAAGGAGAAGAAAUCUAAACGCCGCGAUAAAUCCAAGGAGCUGAAAUCCCAAACAGAGGAAAAUAAGCUAUCUGAAGAUGACCUUGAGCCUCCUAAACCCAAAAAGAGGAAAAAAGUUAAAGUGAAUCAAGAGAUUGAAGAAAACAGCCCAGAGGACAAGGUGAAAUCCUUGUCCAUGAACAAUGGCAUUGUCCACUCAAAAGCUCAGUGUAAUUCCAGUGAAGCAUCAAGUGCAGAAUAUGACAGUGACCAAGAGCCAGUAAAGCAGUUGACAGAAGAGGAGAAAGAAGGUGCCUUCUCUAAUUUCUCUAUUUCCAAAGAAACAGCUGAGCUUCUUAAAGCUCGAGGAGUAAAGUACCUGUUUUCUGUGCAAGCGAAGACCUUUCAGCCCAUAUAUGAUGGCAAAGAUGUGAUAGCUCAGGCUCGAACUGGAACUGGGAAAACGUUUUCUUUUGCUGUUCCUUUGAUUGAAAAACUUCAGGGAGACACACUGGAGAGGAAGAGAGGCCGCAUACCAAAGGUGCUAGUUCUUGCUCCAACGAGAGAGCUGGCAAUCCAGGUAGCCAGAGACUUUAAGGAUGUCACAAAGAAACUCACAGUGGCUUGUUUUUAUGGAGGAACUCCAUAUAAUGGACAAAUUGAACAUAUUAAAAACGGCAUUGACAUCUUAGUUGGGACUCCAGGACGAAUUAAAGACCACCUUCAGAAUGGCAAGCUGGACGUUUCCAAUGUGAAGCAUGUUGUUUUGGAUGAAGUUGAUCAGAUGUUGGACAUGGGCUUUGCUGAACAAGUGGAGGAAAUUCUAGCAUUUGCUUACAAAAAAGUGAUGUGUUGUUUCAAAGAUUCUGAAGACAACCCCCAAACACUGCUGUUUUCUGCAACUUGUCCACACUGGGUGUAUGAUGUAGCUAAAAAAUACAUGAAAUCUAGAUAUGAACAGUUUGACCUUAUUGGAAAGAAGACUCAAAAGACGGCUAUGACUGUAGAGCAUUUGGCUAUAGAGUGUCACUGGUCUCAGAGAGCAGCAGUUAUUGGGGAUGUCAUUCAGGUUUACAGUGGCAGUCAUGGACGGACCAUCAUAUUUUGUGAGACUAAAAAGGAUGCAAGUGAACUGGCCCUGAAUGCUUCUAUUAAACAGGAUGCCCAGUCAUUGCAUGGUGACAUUCCACAGAAACAGAGAGAGAUCACAUUAAAGGGUUUCAGAAAUGGAACAUUUGAAGUUCUGGUUGCAACCAAUGUAGCUGCCCGUGGUUUAGAUAUCCCUGAAGUUGACCUGGUCAUACAGAGUUCACCCCCAAAGGAUGUGGAUUCAUAUAUCCAUCGGUCUGGACGCACAGGAAGAGCUGGACGGACUGGAAUUUGUAUCUGUUUUUAUCAGCGAAAGGAAGAAGAUCAAUUAAGACACGUAGAACAAAAAGCGGGCAUUACAUUUAAGCGUGUGGGUGUGCCUACAGCCACAGAUAUAAUUAAAGCUUCUAGUAAAGAUGCUAUCAGGUUUUUGGAUUCCGUUCCUCCUUCUGCCAUCGACUAUUUCAAACAGUCAGCUCAGCGGCUGAUAGAGGAAAAGGGGGCAGUGGAAGCUCUGGCUGCAGCAUUAGCCCAUAUUUCUGGGGCUACUUCCAUUGAACAGCGUUCCUUGCUCAACUCAGAUGUGGGCUAUGUGACGAUGACGUUACAAUGUUCGGUAGAGAUGCACAGCAUUGGCUAUGCCUGGCGAGGACUAAAAGAACAGCUUGGUGAUGAAAUAGACAAUAAAAUUACCAGAAUGCGUUUUCUCAAGGGAAAGAUGGGUGUGUGCUUCGAUGUCCCUACAGCUGAGCAAAGUCAUAUACAGGAGCAAUGGCAAGAUUCAAGACGCUGGCAGCUGUCCAUGGCAACGGAGUUACCUGAGCUAGAAGAAACUCCGCGUGAAGCAGGCCGAGGUUUCUCUAACUUCAGGAAUGGGAGGCAAGGAGGCGGUGGCUUUAACAAAAAUAACAGAUUCAAAAACGGAGGUCAGAAACGAAAUUUUCACAGAGCAUUUUAGUAACUAAUUCAGUUGAUGUAGCUAUGGGACUACAUAAUGCCUGCUUUGUUGAAAUUAAAAUCUAUUGAACUUUC